AUGCGUAACCGCCGCCUCAUCGAUUCCAGUACCAAUCUUGCUGUGCCCGGAAUAUCGUCUUCCCUCUCUUCUCCGGGAAUAUCAUUCUUCCAUGACGAGACUAAUCCCUUCCAUGCAAUCUUGAAGGAAUACCCGGAGCUAACUCGCCAACCCGAUUGUACCAGCCCAGUAAAGCACUCAGUCGUCCACCACAUUGGCACCAAUAAGGGGCCGCCAGUUUUUGUUCGCCCACGUCGUCUCGCACCAGAAAAACUGAAGAUAGCUCGUGACGAAUUCAGCCACAUGCUGGACAUGGAUAUCAUACGGCCUUCGUCUAGCAGUUGGGCUUCCGCACUUCAUAUGAUGCCUAAGAAGCAAGGCGACUGGCGCCCCUGCGGCGAUUAUCGUGCCCUGAAUCGUGUCACAAUACCAGACCGUUAUCUCAUCCCACAUGUGCACGAUUUCAUGGCUUUUCUCCACGGAACCACCGUCUACUCGAAGUUUGACUUGGUGCGAGCCCACCAUCAGAUUCCGGUUGCCGAAGAGGACAUUCCGAAGACAGCCAUUACCACACCUUUUGGCUUAUUCGAGUUUCUUUGUAUGCCCUUCGGCCUCUGUAACGGCGCCCAGUCGUUUCAACGCUUUAUUGACGCCGUAGCACGCGGCCUCUCAUUUUCAUUCGCGUAUAUCGACGACAUUCUUGUUGCGAGUUCCUCCUACAAAGACCACCUCGACCAUCUCCGGCAGCUCUUAUCCCGCCUUUCAGACCACGGCAUUAUUGUCAACGCCCUCAAGAGCGAAUUCGGGGUCAGCUCUCUGGAGUUUCUAUGGCAUAAGAUCUCUCCAGAAGGCAUAACUCCCCUCCCGAGCAAAGUCCAAGUCAUUUCCGACUACCCGCGUCCAACCUCUAACCCGGUGGCGAAUGCUCUGAGCCGUGCCGCGAUCGCUGCUCUCUCGUCAUCAGCCCUCCCUCUGUCGCUCGAAACCAUAGCCGACCUGCAGUCCUGCGAUGACGAGCUGCUGUCCCUGCGCGACUCGGACCCCACCAGCUUGACGCUGCAAGAUAUCACGUUCCCCGGCAUCCCGUGCGUCAUUUGCUACGACAUCUCGUCCGGCCAACCUCGCCCCUUUCUGCCACUCGCCGCUAGGCGUCCCAUUUUCGACCAGCUCCAUGGCAUGGCGCAUCCCGGCAUACGAGCGUCGCAGAAGUUGCUGUCGUCCCGCUACGUAUGGCCACGAAUGCGUUCUGACAUUAAGCGCUGGGUACGAUCAUGUAUCUCCUGCCAGAAGUCGAAAAUUCUGCGUCACACCUGCACUCCAUCAUCGCGACUCCCGCUGCCGGACUCUCGCUUCAGCCACAUUCACCCAGAUUUGGUCGGACCUCUCCCUCCCGUGCAAGGCUUCCGGUAUCUCUUGACGGUCGUGGACCGGUUUACCCGUUGGCCAGGGGCCACUCCAAUCUCUGACAUUACCGCUUCAACCGUGGCCUCCGCCUUCCUCAAUUCAUGGGUGGCCCGUUUCGUGGUCCCGGCAACGAUGAUAACUGACCAGGGGCGUCAAUUUGAGUCCCGCCUAUUCGCCCACCUCACUCGCCUCUUUGGCUUGCAUCGGAUCCGAGCCACCGCCUAUCACCCGCAGGCUAAUGGUAUGGUCGAGCCACUAAAUCGUGACCUCAAGGCUGCGUUAAAGGCCGUUUCUCCCACGCCUUGGGUAGAAGCACUCCCUAUCGUCCUCCUUUCUCUGCGAGCUACUGUCAGGCACGACAUCGAAUGUGCACCGGCAGAACUGGUGUAUGGCAUGACACUCCGCCUUCCCGACCAUGAAGGUCCCGGCAUGGAUAUUGCGCAGCAGUUUUCACUCAUUGUGGAGUUAUUGCCUUACCUGACUCAAGCAAGACGUUGGCCUCCUUGA